AUGGAUAAGGAGGAAGAUGUUAAGAUAGGAGCAAACAAGUUCUCAGAGAGGCAGCCCUUGGGGACAGGAGCACAGGGUGACAAGGACUACAAGGAGCCACCACCAGCUCCACUAUUUGAGCCUGGGGAACUCAAGUCAUGGUCUUUUUACAGAGCUGGGAUUGCUGAGUUUGUGGCUACUUUCUUGUUCCUUUACAUUACCAUCUUGACUGUGAUGGGUGUUAAUAGGUCACCCACCAAGUGUUCAUCUGUUGGCAUUCAAGGUAUUGCUUGGGCUUUUGGUGGUAUGAUCUUUGCACUUGUGUACUGCACUGCUGGAAUAUCAGGUGGACACAUAAAUCCAGCUGUGACCUUUGGUCUCUUUUUGGCUAGGAAGCUGUCCCUCACUAGAGCCUUAUUCUACAUUGUCAUGCAGUGCCUUGGAGCUAUCUGUGGUGCUGGUGUGGUGAAGGGUUUUGAGGGUAAUGCUCGGUAUGAGUUGUUCAAAGGUGGAGCAAAUUUUGUGAAUCCUGGAUACACCAAGGGUGAUGGGCUUGGAGCUGAGAUUGUUGGUACCUUUGUUCUUGUGUACACUGUUUUCUCUGCCACUGACGCCAAGAGAAACGCUAGAGACUCUCAUGUUCCUCUUUUGGCACCUCUUCCCAUUGGGUUUGCUGUGUUCUUGGUCCACUUGGCCACCAUUCCCAUCACAGGAACUGGCAUUAACCCAGCUAGGAGUCUAGGAGCUGCUAUUAUCUUCAACAGGGACUUAGCAUGGGAUGACCAUUGGAUUUUCUGGGUUGGACCUUUCAUUGGAGCUGCUCUUGCUGCUGCAUAUCACCAGAUAGUCAUCCGAGCCAUUCCUUUCAAGACAAGGGCUUAA